AUGGGGCUCACAUACAACAUCUACCUCAACUCGUCCCGCAUCUACGGCUGCAGGAACUGCAAGACGCACCUUUCGAACCACGACGACAUUCUCAGCAGAAACUUCCGCGGUCAACACGGCAAGGCGUACCUCUUCGAUAGCGUCGUGAACAUCACCGAGUCGGAGCCCAACGAGCGCAACAUGACGACCGGGCGCCACAUCGUACGCGACAUCCACUGCAGACAGUGCAAGGAGACGGUGGGCUGGAAGUACGACAAGGCGUACGAAGCGAGUGAGAAGUACAAGGAGGGCAAGUUCAUCCUGGAGGCCGAGUUGCUCUGCACAGUGACAUGA